GCGCCCCCCGCCCUCGGUGCGCAGCGGGGCCGACCCUCAGCCCGGCAGCGGCUUCCCGGAGGUGGGGGCCGCCCGCGCCAUGGCCGCCGCCCAGCCCAAGUCCCCCGCGGGGGCGACCGCCCGGCGCCUGGUCCGGGGCUGCUGGUCCGCCCUCUGGGACUACGAGACGCCCAAGGUGAUCGUGGUGAGGAACCGGCGCCUGGGCGUCCUGUACCGCGCCGUGCAGCUGCUCAUCCUGCUCUACUUCGUGUGGUACGUCUUCAUCGUGCAGAAAAGCUACCAGGAGAGCGAGACGGGCCCGGAGAGCUCCAUCAUCACCAAGGUCAAGGGGAUCACCACGUCCGAGCACAAAGUGUGGGACGUGGAGGAGUAUGUGAAGCCCCCGGAGGGGGGCAGCGUGUUCAGCAUCAUCACCAGGGUCGAGGCCACCCACUCCCAGACCCAGGGCACCUGCCCCGAGAGCAUAAGGGUCCACAAUGCCACCUGCCUCUCCGACGCCGACUGUGUGACUGGGGAGCCGGACAUGCUGGGAAACGGCCUGCGGACCGGGCGCUGUGUGCCCUAUUACCAGGGGCCCUCCAAGACCUGCGAGGUGUUCGGCUGGUGCCCGGUGGAAGAUGGGGCCUCCGUCAGCCAAUUUCUGGGUACCAUGGCCCCAAAUUUCACCAUCCUCAUCAAGAACAGCAUCCACUACCCCAAAUUCCACUUCUCCAAGGGCAACAUCGCGGACCGCACAGAUGGGUACCUGAAGCGCUGCACGUUCCACGAGGCCUCCGACCUCUACUGCCCCAUCUUCAAGCUGGGCUUUAUUGUGGAAAAGGCUGGGGAGAGCUUCGCGGAGCUCGCAUACAAGGGUGGUGUCAUCGGGGUCAUUAUCAACUGGGACUGUGACCUGGACCUGCCCGCGUCGGAGUGUAACCCCAAGUACUCCUUCCGGAGGCUUGACCCCAAGCACGUGCCUGCCUCGUCAGGCUACAACUUCAGGUUUGCCAAGUACUACCAGAUCAAUGGUACCACCACCCGCACGCUCAUCAAGGCCUACGGGAUCCGCAUUGAUGUCAUCGUGCAUGGACAGGCCGGGAAAUUCAGCCUGAUUCCCACCAUUAUUAAUCUGGCCACAGCUCUAACUUCCGUCGGGGUGGUAAGAAACCCUCUGUGGGGUCUCAGCGGGUACGGGGUGUCCACCGGGCCCUUACACACCGGUCUCUGCUGGCCCCAGGGCUCCUUCCUGUGCGACUGGAUCUUGCUAACAUUCAUGAACAAAAACAAGGUCUACAGCCAUAAGAAAUUUGACAAGGUGUGUACGCCGAGCCGCCCCUCAGGUAGCUGGCCUGUGACCCUUGCCCGUGUUUUGGGCCAGGCCCCACCCCAACCCGGCCACUGCUCCGAGGACCAGCACCCCAGCCCUCCAUCAGGCCAGGAGGGCCAACAAGGGGCAGAGUGUGGCCCAGCCUUCCCACCCCUGCGGCUUUGCCCCACCUCUGCCCCAUCUGAGCAGAUCACUCCUGCCUCCGAGCCUGCCCCACAAGCCUCCACACCCACAGACCCCAAAGGUUUGGCCCAACUCUGAGCUCCUUCCCGUCACACUGGACUGCAGACCUGGCCUGGUGGGGCCAGAGACAGUCCCUGGCUAGGGACCCUGCACAGUAGACAUGGGCACCUCAGUAGCAGGGCAUCUCCACAAAAACUGGGCACCGUAGGGUCCCUGUGCAAGGGCUGGGGGUGCGCUCUGGCCCCAGGCUUGUGCCCCACCCUGGCAUACCAGCCCGACACCUCCUCCCCAGCUGGCCCCUACAGGGCUGCUCACUUCCCAUCACCUCACAGCCACCUGGAACCCAAGCCAGCUAAGCUCUGAGGGGCUCUGCUCCUGGUCUUGGGCCCUGGGAACCCUCACCCCACCCCACCCCACAGGUGUAACCUCAAAUCUGCCCAGACUCUUCCAAGUCACAACAUACUCAGUCCAAUAAACCUGUGAGCAGAACCUUCUGGCCUCAUUCCUUGCGGAGAAG